CAAGAUGGUGGCGCUGGGGUCGGGGUGACUACGGAAGACGACAGGGCCCUUACGCCUCUCCGCCAGGAUCCCGACACCCCGCCCUCCGCUCGCUCGCGCACUCCACCGCCGCGUAGGCAGCCGCCGGCCCGGGCGCUCGCCACCCGCCCUUGCCGCGACUUGCGCUUCACCUCUGUCGACCCGGCACUCUUGGCCGCGGGCGGCGGCGCCUCCUCUGAUUUGUUCGCAGCCGAGCUCCGGCUGGUGGGCUCCUUCUCCGGGUUUGGACUGGGAGCGGCGGCUGGAGACGAGCGCGGGACCUCUGCGGCCACGGCGUCUCCUUGGCUGGCCUUGGGCUCGGGAGAAGGAAGCGUGGGUCCCGCAUGACCCUCGGCGGUGGCGCCAGCGAAGGGGAAAGAGGCGGUGGCGGGCCGAGGCGGCGGGCUAGGGCGACGACAUCCAGUGAGGCGGCCUCCGCUGCGAGGGCCACGGCCCAGGCGCGUGGGCGAAGGCAGGUUACAAAUCUGUAAGAGCCUGACUUUAGAAUUCACCAGCUCAUCAAAAGUUUGUCAAAAUAUGAAUUAUUAAGCCUACGGUCAGAUCAAGUUAGCAGCUAGACUGGUGUGACAACCUGUUUUUAAUCAGUGACUCAAAGCUGUGUUCACCCUGAUGUCACCGAAUGGCCACAGCUUGUAAAAGAUCACCUGGAGAACCUCAGUCUGACGAUAUUGAAGCUAGCCGAAUGAAGCGAGCAGCUGCAAAGCAUCUAAUAGAACGCUACUACCACCAGUUAACUGAGGGCUGCGGAAAUGAGGUCUGCACAAAUGAGUUUUGUGCUUCCUGUCCAACUUUUCGUCGUAUGGAUAACAACGCAGCCGCUAUUAAAGCCCUUGAGCUUUAUAAGAUUAAUGCAAAACUCUGUGAUCCUCAUCCCUCCAAGAAAGGCGCAAGUUCAGCUUACCUUGAGAACAACUCUAAAGGUGCCCACGACAAGUCCUGCACGGACAUAAAAAUGAAUAAGAAAGAAGGACAAGGAGCUAGAGAUGAUUUUAAAGAUGUGACUUACCUAACAGAAGAAAAGGUAUAUGAAAUUCUUGAAUUGUGUAGAGCCAGAGAGGAUUAUUCCCCUUUGAUCCGAGUUAUUGGAAGAGUCUUUUCUAGUGCUGAGGCACUGGUUCAGAGCUUUCGGAAAAUCAAAAAACAUACCAAGGAAGAACUGAAAUCACUUCAAGGAAAAGAUGAAGACAAGGAUGAAGAUGAAAAGGAGAAAGCUGCCUGUUCUGCUGCUGCUAUGGAAGAAGAUGCAGAAGCCUCCUCCUCAAAGAUUGGCGGGAACUCGCAGGGAGACAACAACUUACAGAAAUUGGGCCCUGAGGACGUGUCCGUGGAUAUCGAUGCCAUUAGAAGGGUUUACACCAGAUUGCUCUCAAAUGAAAAAAUAGAAACUGCCUUUCUUAAUGCACUUGUAUACUUGUCACCUAAUGUGGAAUGUGACUUGACCUAUCACAAUGUGUACUCCAGAGACCCUAACUAUCUGAAUUUGUUCAUUAUUGUAAUGGAGAAUGGGAAUCUCCACAGUCCCGAAUAUUUGGAAAUGGCUUUGCCGUUGUUUUGCAAAGCAAUGAGCAAGCUUCCCCUUGCAGCCCAAGGAAAACUAGUCAGACUGUGGUCUAAAUACAAUGCGGACCAGAUUCGGAGAAUGAUGGAAACAUUUCAGCAACUUAUUACUUACAAAGUCAUAAGCAAUGAAUUUAACAAUCGAAAUCUAGUGAAUGAUGAUGAUGCCAUUGUUGCUGCUUCAAAGUGUUUGAAGAUGGUUUACUAUGCAAAUGUAGUGGGAGGGGAAGUGGACACAAAUCAUAAUGAAGAAGAUGAUGAAGAGCCCAUCCCAGAAUCCAGUGAACUGACCCUCCAGGAGUUGUUGGGAGAUGAAAGAAGAAACAAGAAAGGUCCUCGAGUGGACCCACUGGAAACUGAACUUGGUGUUAAAACUCUAGAUUGUCGGAAACCACUUAUCCCUUUUGAAGAAUUUAUUAACGAACCACUGAAUGAUGUUCUAGAAAUGGAUAAAGAUUACACUUUUUUCAAAGUAGAAACAGAAAACAAAUUCUCUUUUAUGACAUGUCCAUUUAUAUUGAAUGCUGUCACAAAGAAUUUGGGGUUAUAUUAUGACAAUAGGAUCCGCAUGUACAGUGAACGGAGAAUCACUGUUCUCUACAGUUUAGUUCAAGGACAGCAGUUGAACCCAUAUUUGAGACUCAAAGUCAGACGUGAUCAUAUCAUAGAUGAUGCACUUGUCCGGGUAAGUUGGUCAAAUGUUUAA